AAUCUGCAGCUUAGGUGGAACUAUUUCCCCUUCCUUUUCUAGUUUUUAAGUAUUUCCUUAGGCUACUUGCAAACUUUCUCUAAACUUUUAUGGUUACAUGAUCCAUCAAACCUACCAUAGCAUUGUACUGUGAGUUCAACUCUGUGGCAGGUGGAGCACUAGGCUGCACAAUGGCUGACUGGGACUAUGACUAUCUGAUCAAGCUGUUGGCCCUGGGAGACUCAGGGGUGGGAAAGACCACCUUCCUCCACAGGUACACCGACAACAAGUUCAACCGCAAGUUCACAACUACAGUGGGCAUUGACUUCAGGGAAAAGAGAGUGAUGUACACGGGGAUGGGUGCUGAUGGGACGACUGAGAGGAACUUCAAAGUCCAUCUUCAGCUUUGGGAUACAGCGGGACAAGAGAGGUUCCGCAGCCUGACUACAGCGUUUUUCAGAGACGCAAUGGGCUUCCUGCUGAUGUUUGACUUGACCAAUCAGCAAAGUUUCCUCAACGUCAGGAACUGGAUGAGUCAGCUACAGGCCAACGCGUACUGCGAUAGUCCAGACAUUGUGUUGGUGGGCACCAAGGCAGACCUUCGAGAUCUGAGGAAUGUCCACACUAGACAGGCCAGAGAUCUGGCAGACAGAUAUGGCAUCCCCUACUUGGAGACGAGCGCAGUGACGGGUGUUAGUGUGGAACAGGCAGUGACCACCCUGCUGGACCUGGUGAUGAAGAGGAUGGACCAGAGCACUAACGGGGGCCGCAACUCUGAACCCAACGGCAGCCCCAUCGCCAGCCAUGAAGUGGAGGAGGCCCCUGUGAGGAGGAGGUGCGCCUGCUGAUGUUUCCACCAGCAGCCACUCUAUGAGCUCUAUUAGGGUGCCUGCUAGGUGAGGCUGAAGAUAAUCUGAGAUCAUAAAAUCAAUAUUAUAUAAUAUUAUCCACACAUGAGAGGACUAAAACAUGGCCCAUUUUACUUAAAGCAACAUUGUUAUUACAGUGUGAAUUCCUCUCCUCUUUGCUAUCUGUAAUGUUAUUUAUUCACAGCCUGUGCCUUGUGGGAUAGAGGAUGGAGAGGAGUUGCUUUAAAAAGAUUGCUUUAAAGAUUGUAUAUAGUAACUGAAUACAGUAUAAGGUAUUGUAAAACCUGUGAUGUUUUAAAGACACCAAGUGGUUGUGAUUCUACCAAAAUAAGGCAAUUAUAAUCUUCAAAUGGGUAAUAUCAGAGAAAAAUACUGUUUUUAUUUGACACAUUUAGGCCUUGAUGGAAGGAAUAUGCAGGCACAUAACGUAUAUUUAUCAUGGAGUAUAAUCAAAAAACAUUUAAGACAUGGUUACAUUUCUUAUAUGGAUGAUCGUUUUUGUUAGAACAACCAAGAUAGCAAAGUCCCUUACAUGAUUUAUGACUUUUAUACGACAUGUACAUAAGCAGCCAAGCUUUUUUAUGCAUUAUGGAACAAAGUUGC